UGCUGCAUACAAAUCUACCUCAGCUUUUUGAUAAGUAGACAUGGCUGUCACACUGCAUACUGAUGUAGGAGAUAUUAAAAUUGAGCUAUUCUGUGAGCGCACACCAAAGACUUGCGAAAAUUUCCUGGCUCUUUGUGCUAGUAACUACUACAAUGGCUGUGUAUUUCACCGGAAUAUAAAGGGCUUCAUGGUUCAGACAGGCGAUCCACAAGGCACUGGGAAAGGAGGUAACAGCAUCUGGGGCAAGAAGUUUGAAGAUGAAUUCAGUGAAUACCUAAAGCACAGUGUCCGUGGGGUAGUUUCAAUGGCAAACAAUGGUCCGAAUACCAAUGGGUCGCAGUUCUUCAUCACUUACGGCAAGCAACCGCACCUAGACAUGAAGUACACUGUGUUUGGAAAAGUUAUUGAUGGCUUGGAGACCCUGGAUGAGCUGGAGAAGCUGCCUGUGAAUGAGAAAACCUACCGACCUCUUAAUGAUGUUCAUAUUAAAGAUAUUACAAUUCAUGCCAACCCUUUUGCUCUCUAGGCACAGAGUGCCUCUACACAUUCUUUAGAGACUGGUCAGAUCAACUGUUGGAUUAUGGGGUUUAAAAUGUCAUUAAAAGGGGUUACUUGAUCUGGAUCAUACCUUUGCUCAUUGAAUGCAGGAUUUUCAGGAGUUGUGACAUUGUUUGGGAGUUGUCGCAGAGGUGUCUUGUGCUUUAGAAGCCAGUUUUUUCAGAGUAUCUUCCAGGACUUUGAAUUUUAAACAUUGCUUUUUAUAGUUGUAAAAUAAGAAA